GUUUAUACACACGGCGUACCUUACCCAAUACCAGUGCAGCCAGAACUAGCUAGCUAGCUAGCAAGACGUUAAUUUGUAUAAACACAUAGCGAGUAACAUCGACAAUUAACAUCUGUACAUUAGUACUAAUCUAAUGACCAAGGCUUUCUUUCAGGCAGUCGUGUCAUGGCAUCCAAGGUACGCUCUCGUAAGGUGGACCCGUUGGCUGGCAUUCUAUCGCUAAUCAGUAACGGCAAACUAACGGAAUUGUGUGAGCAAUUGAAGGAAUCUCCCGAUCUCCUCUCUCUUCUUGAACAGCGGCUACAAGAGCCGUCAGUGCCCAAAGGCCACUCCCCCCUCGUUGCCGCAGUACUAGGAGACCAUAUCAAGGUGUUCGAACAUCUCCUCGACAAACACUCCCCAAAUAUUGAGCAAGAAACAUCUGCCGUUAUAGAGGGAGGUUAUCCGGUGGAGGGGGCCACACCCCUUUGGACCGCAUCGACCCUAGGACGACUCCACUUUGUGAAGGUGUUGAUUGAUCAUGGCGCUGAUAUUGAGCACACCACCCUCUCCCAGUCCACGCCCCUCAGAGGUGCGGCCUUCGAUGGCCACUGUGAAGUAUGCGAGUACCUCAUCGAACACGGUGCCGAUAUUGAUAAGCCCAACCAAGUCGGUCAGAGCCCUCUAACUAUAGCAGCCGCUAUGCAGAAGAAGGAUUGUGUCGAGCUGCUCAUCAAGAAGGGAGCUAACAUCAGACAUCGAGGCCACAACGGGGACACCCCCCUACAUGUUAGUGUCGAGUCAGGAGAUGUAGAAAUGGCCAAACUAUUGGUGAAUGCUGGAGCCGAGAACGUAGCCAAUGACGUUGGUUUCACUCCUUCCAUUCUGGCAUCAUGUUAUGGGCACCAGGAGGUCGUCAUGUUUCUCCACUCCAAGUUCAAACUGGAGCCCCUCGAGAUGUACAACUGCUACUGCCUGUUAGCCGCUAAAGAGGUACUGAGUGGAAACGAUCCAAUGGCUAAAAAAUGGAUGACCGAAGCUGUGAAAGUUCGUAGUUCAAGUAAUCUGACGGGAAUUCCCCCUAGCGAUGGGGUGUACGACAACUUACACGAGCCGGUAACAGAAGCGGAGGUUCAGUACAUUGCUCAGAACGAGACGAGGUUAUUCUUUGUUUCCUCCAUCUACUGCGAGAGGAUCCUGGGACGCAUCCACCCCACAACUGCCUUCUAUAUACGCAUUAGUGGAGAUAUGGCUUUGUCUGAGAGUCGAUAUCAAAAAUGUGUGGAUCUGUGGCAGCGAUCGCUGGAUUUUGACAACGCAGCAAGAAUGGCAUACGAACUUCAGAUCACUGAGGACCUGCUGUUUGCGAUUAGAGGUUUUUCCAUCAUGGCUAGUGACAAGUUCACCCCUCCUGUUGAACCACACUUCAAGUGGGGUCUCAAAGAAUUGCGAUUGGCCCACGAGAGCAAGAUCUCAGAGAUUAGCGUUGUGAGCUGCUUGUUUCGAAUGCUAGGAGCCUGGGUUAAAGUGUGCGAGUGUAUGGAGAGCCGUGAUGGCCGACGUAAAGAGAUGGAUUUGUUGAGGGGAGCUGUGAUUGAGUUGGUUCGAGUUAUGGACAGUAAAGAGUGCCCCCUCUUGAUAGCCUGCCUACAGAACUUUCCCGACCAUGGCAGUGGGGCUGGCAAAGAUGUCUACUCUCAAAAGCUGCCUCUGGGCAAAGUGGUGUCUCUGCUGAUAGAACACGGUUGCCCCAUGCAUUGUGAGGAUGAGAACGGACGGUUUCCCCUCCACCUGGCAGUGCUACUCAAGGACGAGUCAGCCCCUGAGUGUAUACGUGCACUCUUGGAGUAUGGGGCUCACACCGAUGCAGUUAAUUUUGAAAACAAGACAGCCUUAGAGUUGGCCAAGAACUUGGACCCGCCUCCUGUACCUGGAGUGGUGGCCGAGCUGUUGACUGCCACUACCAACCAUCUCUCGUUGCAAUGCCUCGCCUCGAGGGCCCUCAUACAGAAUGGUAUCGAAUACAGUCAAGUGUUGCCAGUACGUCUCAUCAAGUUUGUAUCAUGGCACGAACACGAUAUGACAAACUCUGUUAGUAAAAACUGAAUUAGAUACGUAAUCUUAUCGUGUGUGUGUGUGCCUUUAUUCUAUUUUUCAAUUUUGUAUAUAAUUGCUUUUCCCUCUUUAUUACGUCAACAACAAUGAUGUUUGCUUAUAAUAAU